AAAAAACUUUCAAGCUAUGACUUGAAUGAGAAGUGUUCAAAUUAGGUUCUGCUGUUUUAGCCAAUUUCAAUUUUAUUAAGAGUGGAUGGUAACUUUAAUUCGGUGUGUUCAAUUUUCAAUCUAAAUUUUGUUUAUUUCAUAUUUUGAAUGGAUCAUCCUUCGAGGAGAUUAAGUACCACUGGAGACAGUUUAUAUCAAAUACUUGAGCUACCAAAAACUGCUACCAAAGAUGAUAUUAAGAAAAAAUAUCGCCAAUUGGCACUCAAAUAUCACCCUGAUAAAAAUCGUGAUGAUCCAACUGCUUCAGAUAAGUUCAAGGAAAUCAAUCGUGCUCAUUCCAUUCUGAGUGAUGAAACAAAGAGAAACAUAUACGACAGUUAUGGAUCGCUGGGCUUGUACAUUGCCGAACACUUCGGAGAGUCGAACGUCAAUGCUUACUUUGUUUUGUCAAGUGGAUGGUGUAAGGCUUUGUGUUGUUUCUGCGCCCUUAUAACCGGAUGCUAUUUCUGCUGUUGCUGUUUCUGCUGCUGUUGCAAUUUCUGUUGUGGAAAGUGCAAGCCAGAAAUACCGGAGGAUCCAAAUGAAUGUGAGAAAGAAGAUGAAGUUGAUAAUGAAAGAGAAGCAGAUGACCCAACUGAGAGAGAUCCGAUGAACUCAAAGAGCAAUGUGGUGACGUCUCAGCCAAAGUCUUCUGAACAGCCCACCGCCAUUCCUCUGCCUCCUCCUUCGAGUUCUCCGACAGAUGGCGCCUCGGAGAGGACGAGUCUCAACGCCACACCACAGACCACUUACGCAACCAAAACGAGUCCGGAGAGCUAGGCCCUAUCCACUCUACUUUCCUAGAAUUUAUUUCUAUUUUUGUAAUUAGUUUUUAAUUUUAAUUCAAAUUGUUUUUACCUUAUCGGCUGUAUAGAGCUUUCUAGAAGCAAACUGAAAGAAACCUCCAGGCCGUAUGUAUUGAAAAUCUCGGAUUUGUCUCACACUGAAGUUGUACCCGAUAUGUAUUACUAUUGUAUGCUUGUAUGUCAAUUAAAAUGUUAUCAUUUGUGGAGUGGGGAGGGGAGCUGAAACUUUAGUCUCAACAACCUGCAAGAAGCAUCAAACUGAGUGAUUAUAUGCAGUGGUGAACCCAGAAAUUUUUUUUCAGAGAAGGAUAUUGUUACUUUUAGUUUAUUUCCAUGGUCAGAAAACAAAAAUUUCCUGAGUUUCUGAAAAGGGUCUAUCCCCAAAUCCCCCCUCCCUUGGAUACACCCCUGAUUAUGUGUUCCUUCAUUGCCUAUAAACUUUAAAAAUGUUAGAUUCCAUCUUAGUUUGUCAAUAAAGAAAUUUGGAAUUUUCAGUUAUGUUUACGAUAUGUUGAAGGAAAUAGUCUACUUGUAUAUCUUUUAAUUGUUACCAAGGCAAGCUCAAAACAAAUUUUAUUGCAAAACA